AUAUACCGUUAUUUCUUUUCCAAUGAAAUCAAUUUCCCAAUGGACUUGGAAGAAAUAGAUUUUGACUUGCAAAAAGUCUUCUGUAUCACACUACAAGUAGCUUUGGCGUGAUCUUCGGAGCAGAGUACCUAACAAUUCUAACAAACAUGGGGGCGGCUCUGGUUCUUCUUCUCUCUAUCUGUUUCCUUCUUCCCUUUUCCUUCGUCCGUUCAUCCUCCGUUCCUCCACUUCUCGGAGCUCAUCCUCUCGAUGAAAAGUACUUUGCUUCGAAGGUGAUAAAGUGCAAGGACGGUUCCAGAGUGUUCACCAGAGACCGUCUCAAUGACAAUUUCUGCGACUGCGUUGACGGAACGGAUGAGCCCGGGACUUCAGCUUGUCCUGCAGGAAAAUUUUAUUGUAGGAAUUUAGGAAGCACACCACAGUUUAUAUUUUCUUCUCGAGUUAAUGAUCGUUUUUGUGAUUGCUGUGAUGGAAGUGAUGAAUAUGAUGGAAGCAUCAAUUGUCCCCAUACAUGCAUCAUGGGUGGGAGUGUUGUAUACGAAAGCCACCAUGGUAUCUCGAGAGUCAGUGAUCUGGGCAAUAUUUACGGAGAAACCAAAAACAGAAUAAGCUUGGAUGAUUUGAUUGAGAAGCUUAAAGGAUUGAAGGUAGUGAUAAUUCUUCAGGUGUUACUAAUUAGCUGUGUGGUGGCAUUUCGGAUAUUUCGACGGCAUGCUGCCAGGCGUAAAAGAAGAGGUUAUCAAUGGGGUAAUCCAAUACGAACAACUUCCAUUAUGGCUGCUUUUGGAUUUGGUCGUACUAGCUAUGUUUAGUGCAUGAAAUAGAUGAAGUGCCAUGUCCAUGGUGGUUAUUUUCAUUGACGGUUCCGUGUUUAUAAAAAGAUACCAACUGUAAAGGUUGAUUGUAACAGUUUUGCAGACUGAAAAUUCUCUCUGAGGGAGACAAAAAGGGUUAGAAAAACAUGUAAUGUAGAUUGCAGCAUAGAUGGGACUAAUGUCAAUGUUUAUAGGGCUUUUCGUCAUUGAACUAAAAGAAUUUUGUUUGAAGUUGUCUACAAAAUAGAAUGUCAUGCCAUAUUCAAACAUUAAUCGUGCC